AUGGCGCCGGUGAUCCACUCCACCUACAUGUCCAAGAUGAUGAUCUCGGGCUUGAAGGCGGACGUUGACCAGUACAUCCGCACGAAGGACAAGACGCACUUGAAGACCAUCUUGCAGAAGCUCCUCCUCGAGGAUCAGAAGCUCGCGAUCGACAUGGGAACGAAGUACAACGUUUCUUUGAUGAACGCGCUUACCCUCUACACUGGGGCGAACUGCAACCUCUUCCAGUCAGCCAACUCGCAGACGGCCAGAGCCCAGACGCAGGCCUUCCCACCGUCGACCCCGAGUCUAGAGAUUUUCUCCUACCUUUUGGAGAACUUUGACUCGGAGGGGCGCUUCCUUCUGUUCACCACCAUCGCCAAUCACUUGCGGUUCCCAAAUCAGCACACGCAUUGCUUCAGCUGCAUCGUGCUCUGGCUCUUCCAUGACACGACCAUACCCGAGGUGCGGGAGCAGAUCACUCGUGUGCUCCUCGAGCGGCUCAUCGUGCAUCGGCCGCACCCAUGGGGGUUGUUGAUCACCUUCAUCGAGCUCAUCAAGAAUCGGCGGUACAACUUCUGGAGCCUGAGACGCACAGAUCCGGUCCCUGGGUCUACCUAG